GUGAUACUAUUGUGAGCGGUGUUAGGGUUGAAGCUCGUAGCUCGCCAGGAGGUGGCCGACUAGCAACAGAGUUGUAAGCAAGAGCGGGAAGAUGUCUCACAGGAAGUUUGAGCACCCUAGGCAUGGUUCCCUUGGAUUUCUUCCCAGGAAACGCGCUUCUCGACACAGGGGAAAGGUGAAGGCAUUUCCUAAGGAUGACCCUACCAAACCAUGCAGACUGACUGCAUUCUUGGGUUACAAGGCUGGCAUGACUCACAUUGUGAGAGAAGUUGAGAAACCAGGAUCAAAAUUACAUAAAAAAGAAACAUGCGAGCCCGUCACAAUAGUCGAAACUCCGCCUAUGAUCAUUGUGGGAGUAGUGGGAUAUACAAAAACUCCCCGGGGUCUUCGAUGCUUAAACACUGUUUGGGCUCAACAUCUCAGUGAAGAGCUACGCAGAAGGUUCUACAAGAACUGGUGCAAGUCCAAGAAAAAGGCCUUCACCAAUCAUUCUCGGAAAUUUGAAACAGAGGAGGGAAAGAAGGACAUCCAUUCCCAGCUGGAGAAGUUAAAAAAAUACUGCUCCGUUAUUCGUGUGUUGGCUCAUACCCAGAUACGAAAGAUGAAGGGGCUGAAGCAGAAGAAGGCUCAUGUUAUGGAAAUCCAGGUGAACGGAGGGACCAUUGCUCAAAAAGUGGACUAUGCUUAUAGUUUCUUUGAAAAGCAGGUGCCUGUGGAUGCAGUUUUCCAAAAGGAUGAAAUGAUUGAUAUAAUUGGUGUCACUAAGGGUAAGGGUUUUGAAGGUGUUGUCACCCGUUGGGGUGUCACCCGUCUCCCUCGUAAGACCCACAGAGGACUUCGUAAGGUUGCAUGCAUUGGAGCAUGGCACCCUGCCAGGGUUUCCUUCACUGUUGCUCGUGCAGGUCAGAAUGGGUACCAUCACCGUACAGAGUUGAACAAGAAGGUGUAUAAGCUUGGCAAAGCUGGACAAGAGUCCCAUUCUGCGUCCACUGACUACGACAGGACUGAAAAGGAUAUUACUCCCAUGGGCGGCUUCCCUCACUAUGGUGUGGUAAAGGAGGACUAUUUGAUGAUCAAGGGUGGCUUUGUCGGUCCCAAGAAGAGGGUCGUCACUCUUCGCCAGUCAUUGCUCAGACAAACCACCCGCAGUGCCAAUGAACAGAUUAACCUCAAGUUCAUUGACACCUCCUCAAACACCGGGCAUGGCCGUUUCCAAACCACUGAUGAGAAGCAAAAGUUUUAUCGCCGAGUCAAGGCAUAGGCUGCACAUUGUUAUUAACUUUCCUUUUCAAAGACAUCAAGUUUUUGACUUGUGUUUCUGGCUGUGGGCUAUUUGUUUGGUCGUUGA